CAGUUGCUGCUUCGGACCGAGUGGCUGCCGUCGGCUCUGUGAAUUAGAGUGCGUACUACACACCCAGGAGCUAACGCUGUGGAUUAAAGCCAAGCGGACCAUCACAAACAAACGACAUGCUGCGAGAGUCCAGAAAGGAAUAAGCCCGUCGCGUUUGAGCAGCAGGGAGCGCAGUAAUUCCUCAACUCAAAAGGCGGAAAUACCACCGGCGAUUAAGACGGAAAAAUGGGGCUAACGCUGCUGCUUUCCACCCGUCCUCAUUGUGAAGUUACUGCGCCAAAUAUUCAGGCUGACCGGCCAACUCGUCCACACGGCGACACGGUUUUCAUUUUCCGGACCAGUAGGGCGAGAGAAGAUGCGGCGGCGAUUGUUGGCCUGCUCUCAGCCAAACGUAACGCAAACGUACAGACAGAUGCGCGAGGCGGAUAAUUCUGGCCCCCGCGUUCGGUUGGAGACCUGCUAACAGGUGGUGCUCACGUGGAUCCGUUACAGAGACCACUCCUUUUUUAUUGACAAGAACAUGGAAUAAGUAUAAAGCAGUCGAGGCGUCAUAAUUUAGGGAGACGUGGAAGGUGAUAUGGUUUAAUUACUGUGGUCGAAAGUCCAUCUCAUCCCCCGUGUUUGUGUUUAGGUCUCACCGUGUCACUGUGACUUCACCGCUUCACGUUUUCGAACCAGGGUUCUUUUUUGGAGGAUAACUUCAACAUAAAACAAUAAUCAUGAGCAUCCACGAGUCCGAGGUGCACACCAUCUCUCCAGAGCUGCCAGCAAUGUUCGACGGCGUGAAGCUGGCGGCGGUCGCCACGGUGCUCUACAUCCUCGUCCGCUGCUUGAACCUCAAGAGCCCCACUGCACCGCCGGACCUCACGUACCAGGACACCGCCCUGAACCGCUUCCUCCUCAAGUCCUGCCCUCAGCUGACCAAAGAGUACAUUCCUCCCCUGCUGUGGGGAAAAAGCGGUCACCUCCAGACGGCGCUGUAUGGUAAACUUGGCCGGGUGAGCUCUCCUCACCCAAGUGGUGUCAGGAAGUUCCUACCCAUGCAGGACGGGGCCACUGCGACCUUUGACCUCUUUGAGCCACAAGGGGACCAUAGAACAGGAGAUGACAUCACCAUGGUGAUAUGCCCUGGUAUCGGCAACCAUAGCGAGAAGCAUUACAUCCGAACCUUUGUGGAUCACGCCCAGAAGGACGGCUACCGCUGUUCUGUGCUGAACCACCUGGGAGCUCUUCCCAACAUCGAGCUGACCUCUCCGCGCAUGUUUACUUACGGGUGCACGUGGGAGUUUGCGGCCAUGGUCGGCUACAUCAAGCGGAUGUAUCCGCAGACCCAGCUGAUGGUGGUGGGCUUCAGUCUGGGAGGAAACAUCGUUUGUAAGUUCCUGGGCGAGAACCGGAUGAACCAGGAGCGAGUGCUGUGUUGUGUCAGCGUGUGUCAGGGGUACAGCGCUCUCAGGGCACAGGAAACAUUCCUACAGUGGGACCAGUUCAGGCGUUUCUAUAACUUUCUCAUGGCUGACAACAUGAAGAAAAUCAUCCUCUCUCACAGGCACAGUCUUUUCGGGGGAAACCCGAUCAAAGCAAAAGAACUAGAUCUCGGCCGUCUGUACACGGCGACAUCCCUCAUGCAGAUUGACGACAACAUCAUGAGAAAAUUCCACGGCCACAGCUCUCUCAAGGAGUACUACGAGAAGGAGAGUUGUGUAAAUUACAUCCAGAACGUAAACGUGCCCCUGCUGCUAGUGAACUCUGCAGAUGACCCUCUGGUUCAUGACUCACUGCUCACAAUCCCUCGCGCACUCGCAGCAAAGAAGCCCAACGUCAUCUUUUCCCUGACGCUACACGGAGGCCACCUGGGCUUCUUCGAGGGCGCCGUGCUCUUCCCCCAGCCCCUCACCUGGAUGGACAAAGUGAUUGUGGGCUACGCCAACGCCAUGUGCCAGUGGGAGAAACAGAAGCCGCCGUGCCAAAGCAGCCACCUGAGUCCGAGCUCCUGCGCGGAGGAAAAAGCGUAAAAAACCUCUGAACCUUUGCGCCUGUCUCACUCUUCCUCUUCCCGCUUACCCCCCCUCCCCCCCUGCCCCCCCCCUCCCGUCUCCCGACCUACCUGCCUCCGCACUGAGGAGACACCUGGACUGAACCUUAAACUGCUCUCUCUUCUCUGCCUUCUACUCUGGUGCUACUCACCGCCCCCCCGAGCCCCACACAUCCCGGUCGAACACGUCCCCGCUCCUUCUCCUCAGUUCCCCUCUGUGGUCGCGAUCCCCUCACAGUGUGUGUGUGAGGGGGGGGGACAAAAAAAAAAAAAACUAACUGCCUUUGUGCUCAUUUCCGUUUGAGACUUUGACUUCAGGGCAGGGACAUUUUGUUUCUUUUCAUGCACACAACAAUGACCCUUGGCGGGGUUCGACCCAAUACGACGAGAUGAAGUCAAGUUGGCGUUAAAGAGCAAAGUGAGAGAACCGCUUCAGUUUCGUGAAAACUCCACAGCACACAAGGAGCCUCCUGUUACCGCAAUGAAGGGUCGUGCUGCAGUCGGUGCCCAUUUAAUGCACCUGUGGGAAGCUCACUGCUCGUCACCGCCAAGGCCAUGUAGCCUAGUCUGCUGUCUUAACCAACACUGCGUCUUUGUUGUGUGUGCAUGUGUGCGCGCGUGAUUGUGUGUGUGUGUGUGUGCGCGUGUACGCGCCGAGAGUUAAAGACCCGCGACGGAGCGUGUUGUCUUUGUUUUGGUAGUUUGUGAUCCGAUUUCCUGCCGUGUUCUAUUGUCCGUACUGUUUUGGGUGGGCUGUUGAUUUAAUUUCUUUUGUAGACAAUGUACAUUAGAAAAGUGUUAAGUAUAAUGGUGGGAUUCGACGCAUUAUUUCCAGCUCAUCACAGCCCCUUGGCACCUGCUCAUUGCAGACGUGCCAUGCACAUUCCCACCGUCGCAUUUCAUCACUUUGAUUCAGUGCACUUUAUCCUGUGUGACACAAUCUUGUCUUUCUUUCUGUGUUCAUUGUUCACUUUUCUCCCCACUAGCCAAAGUGCGUGUAAGGAGAUUGUUGACGGUUUUAGCUCCCCUCGUGACCGAGAGGACGGCCUGUAGGGAGCGAGGAUGAUAACGGACCGUUAGGUGACUCGUGGUUCCCCGUGUCGUCUCUUGAGCCCUCUUACUCUUUCGUCUGCCUUUGAUCAGCUGCGGGUCCGGCCCGAGACCCGCGAUAUCCUUCUCGUCCUGCACUCUUUGUCGGUGCCCUUUUGUGUUUCCCGGCCGGUGAUUCUGUGGCGCGGGCCGAUUGGGCCUGUUGGGCAGAAAGUUCAGUGUGAGUGAGAACAUCUGCGCUGGGAGGUGCGAUGAGUAGGAGGACCGGCGACGCUAAACCAAAUGUUUUAUUUAGUAGAUUGUUCGUACUACUGGUAACUCUAAAAGUGAUUGUUGUAUUGUUUGAUUUAGAUGGUGAAAACGACGUGUCAGUAGUGACAGACUUUAUUUUGGGGGGGUUUGUUGCUUUGAUGAGCUUUUCCGCUUCACUUUCAUUGUGACGGAACGUUUGUUGAUAUCGAUCUGAAACGCGUCUCUAUGAAAUCAUGCAAUAAUGUUGAUCUGUGGACUUUACACAACCUGCAUCUAAUCCAGAUUAUUUUGCAAACCUUGUUUAAGGGCUUAGGGAGCUUCUUCCAAGGCAAAGUCCAGCCAAGUCAUUUGAACACUGUGAUGAGACAGAUGGACGGUUUGAACAACAAAGGGACAGACCGUGAUUGAAAGCAGCACAUCUUGUAAAGCUUUUAAGGCCAAAGUUUUCUCUUAUAAGAUGUUGGUUUCAACGCGUUUGAAAGUAGCGCUUCAUAUUCCUCUUUGUGUCCGUUACUCACAACGUUUGGACUUUUGACCUGGGAAAUAGUAAUUCGGGUUCUGUAGUAAACAACCAGCAGUAAUCAAAGCGGUUGUUCUUUGGCUCGAAGACAAUCUCUUAAUUUGUUGUUUAUUUGUGUGUAUUUCAAGUUAAGCUCCCAUCUGGGAAGCCCAAGCUGUAGAGCAACAGUGUUUUGUUUGUGGGGGAAUUAUUAGCAGAAAUGCAAUAUAAUAUUCACAUAUAAUAUUUCGAUUUUAGGCGUUUUCCCCACCUUUAUAAUGAGCCUUCAUACCUACAGUUCACAACGGGACCGCCACGUUGCCCCCUGCUGUGUUCCUGCUGUCGCCCAGAACCGACUAAUUCCAUUGGAUUGCAGCCACGCCACUCAAUGCCGCCAACUACACACUUUUUAAUGUCACUAAUGCUGACUUUGGGAUUAACCGAUCAGAAUCGAAUCCCUCUGAACUCUAUCUGCUAAUACGAAGCACCGAUCCGGUUCCAUGUGCUCACAUUUCAGAUCGGUGCACCGCAACCUUUAACAUGAGAGCAGUCGGUCUGCAGCCUGAAGAAGUAGUAACACUACGUUAUAAGCAUAUUGAUAACGAGAAGGGAAUCUUACAUGAAAGGGAAAAUGAAAUAAUGCGACUAACUGGUUCUUCCUCGGUACAUAUAGUUCUCCUUUUCCCCAACUUUCAUUCAGAUUUGGCAAAAGGUUUUUAUGACAUCCUACCAAACCAAAAUCAUAUUCAACUAGUGACCUACUGGCAGAUACCUGAUGUCCUUUUUAAGUGUUUGCAUCUUAAAUGUAGAUCAGAAACACUGUCGUCUGUCUCAGCCACCAUCCUUUUUUUUUUGUUGUUGCUCAUCUUGCACCGUUCAAACUACAAAUCCCUGCAGCCGCCUGUUGUCCGGGAGACCAAACUAACACAGCUAACACCCUGUGAUUCAUCCGCCGUGAGAUUAUUGUCCUGUUCAGCUCUCGUUUCAACAGAACCAGCUGUGGUUUGGGUUUUUUCUGGCUCUUAAUAAGAAUCCGAUGAAUAUUAAUGACACCAGCACAAACGCAGCUUAUGCAGUGAGAGCCAUUUGUGUUCUUUUUUAGGACGUUUGCCUCCCCCCCAACUUUGCACAAAAAUGCAGGUUUGGAUGUAUUAUUUGGAUGUAUUUCUUUGUAUUUUGUACUCUUUUUAUGACUAUUUUUCUUCGUUUGUGCAAAUGCAUCAGAGUGAGUGUGUUGAGUAAACAUACGGUCGAUGUAUACUGUCACCGCUCUGAUUGAUAAAAACCAAAACUUCUUCACUUUAACAAUUAAAAAAAGAAGCUAAAGAAAUAUAUAAACAUAGUGUAUAUUAUAAUAUUUGAGGGAACAGGUGUGGAAAAACAAAGGCAAUAACCAGGAGGGAUUGUCUUAUCAAUUCAAGGUGACCUGAUAUAGUGUCAAAUUCUGAUCUUCUCUGAGUGGGAUCUGAAAUGUUUUACUGUGUAGAUUUGAGAACGUGCUCCUGUGUAUUUAACUUGGCCUCGGGGCUUCAAGCGUCUUGUUUUGUUUUCUUUUUAUUAAACAUUGUGGGCUCGUGUUUGGGAACUGGAGAAUUCAGAGAAUUCAAAUAUACUUUAAAUGUCGAUGAAUCCAGUUGCGUCUUGGAUGAACAUUACUCAGUGUUGUGUUCUUUUGAAGAUGUUUUUUUUUUUUUUAAUUAUUAUUUGAAACCGUAUCAGCCCAAGUGGAUGAGAGCCCACAGUAAGUUAACCAACAGUAACCGUUGUUCAAUUUUAGUUUAACAUUUACAAACAUUUUGAUGCUUAGAGUUUGUUAAGGGACGUGACGCGCAGGAGAAGACGGGGCGAACAGUCACACGGCGUGACGUACUCUCAUAUUGAACACUGGGUGUUUUUGUGGAAGAAAACCAGUGGUGUGUGUGAUCUACUUAUGUGAGGAAAUAUGGUUAUUGUGUUCCAAAAUAAAUUAUUUUCUCAAAAGAAAA